UGCGCACCGAGCGGAGCACCGACACAGAGACCGACGCAGCGAGCGGACGACACCUCCGUCAGCCGACGUGUGAAGGCUUUCUUUCCCGGAUUAGCGGCUUGGUUUCGGUGAUUCUCCUCUCGGCCGUCGCUCCUCUAUGGAUGUGAAGUAAAAGCGGGCGGUAGUCAGUCAGUGUCCUCUCAUCUGUGCGCUCUUCUCCCCGCUCGGUCAGGACCGCAUCCUGCCCCGAUCCACAAAAUGGCGGAUAUCAGCGAGCUGGGACCCGCCUACGCCAUGUCUCCGGUGCUGGCGGGCUUCCUGGGGGCUGGUGUUUUGGUUUUGGUCGUGGUGGUUCUGGUGCUGCUCUGGUCCUUCUGUCAGCGCCGUUACCUCCGUAUCUCUGGGCGCUACAAGCUGCACGGGGACCGUUACUAUGACGCCGAGGACCCGCCCUACAAGUUCAUCCACAUGCUAAAGGGGAUCAGCAUUUACCCAGAAUCCCUCAGCAGCAGCAAGAGGAUCGUACGCGGCAUCCGGCGUGCCGACCGCUCCGACCGUGACGGAGACCGAGGCUGCACCACAGCGGGCACCGCCGGGAGGGGGAUGGUGCUUGUGGACGCGGAGAACAACAUCCUGGAUGUCCCCGGUCAGCUGCAGAUGAGCCACCUGGUCCCUCCUGCCGGCGCAGACGCUGCCCAUGGCCAGGGUCGGCUGGAGCGGGCUUUACCGGUCCGUGCUGACUACUGCUGCCUGGAUAGCAGCUCGGCCAGCAGCAGCCAGACCAGCAGCAAGACGGCGUCCCCCUUUACCCCCGCCUCCUCAGAGCCCGAGCCCGAGCCCAGCUUGGGCUCCAUCAGCCUCACCGUUGACUACAACUUCCCCAAGAAGGCUCUGGUGGUGACCAUCGUCGGCGCCCGGGGCCUCCCCGCCAUGGACGAGCAGGCGGGUAGUUCGGACCCCUACGUGAAGAUGACCAUCCUGCCCGAGAAGAAGCACCGCGUCAAGACCCGCGUCCUGAGGAAGACCCUGGACCCUCUGUUUGAUGAGACCUUCACUUUCUACGGCGUGGCCUACAGCUCGCUGCCCGAGCUCACCCUGCACUUCCUGGUCCUCAGCUUUGAUCGCUUUGCCCGCGAUGAUGUCAUCGGGGAGGCAGUGGUGCCGCUGAAGGGCGUGGACCCGAGCACGGGCCGAGUCCACCUGAGCCAGCAGAUCACCAAGAGGAACAUGCAGUGCGAGAGUCGUGGAGAGCUGCUGGCGUCUCUGUCCUACCAGCCGGUGUCUCAUCGCCUCAGCGUGGUCGUCCUGAAGGCUCGACACCUCCCCAAGAUGGACAUCACCGGCCUGUCAGCCAACCCCUACGUGAAGGUGAACGUCUUCUAUGGCCGUAAGCGCAUCGCCAAGAAGAAGACCCACGUGAAGAAGUGCACGCUAAACCCGGUCUUCAACGAGUCCUUCAUCUACGACAUCCCGCCCGAGCUUCUGCCUGAGAUCUCCGUGGAGUUCCUGGUGGUCGACUUCGACCGAACCACCAAGAACGAGGUCCUGGGUCGCCUCCUGCUCGGCCUCCACAGCCCCUCCCCCUCUGGAGCCUCCCACUGGAGGGAGGUGUGCGAAAACCCCCGCCGGCAGAUCUCCAAAUGGCACAACCUGAGCGAGUACUGAGGGAGGAGCACCGCCAGAAACCAGCCAACACCACCCACUGGCUGGGACUCCACCAGUGAAGCCACUGGGAAAUAAAGACUCAGUGUACAGCACAUAUACACACACACACACACACACACACACAGACACACACAUACAUAAAACAACACACAGUCACACUGUUGUGAUCAUAGGUAAACUCUCUCCCUCUAUUAUCUCUCUCUACCACCACUACAUCUGCAAAGUAUAAGAAGAAUCCUGCAGCUCUUUACAGCCAGUAAACAAACCAUGAAGUCCAUUUCUAAGACUGUUCUCGUGUCUCCUCUGGCUGUCGAUGUGUGUCGACGGGGGAAGGAAUGCUCAAAUAUGAUUUCAAAAAAAGAAAGAAAAAAGAAAAAGAUCCCCCUCUUGCUGUUGUUGCCAUGCAGUUCAUUGCAUGUCCGUCUGAAAAGAAAAAAAAAUCACUCCAAAUGAAGAGUUGAGAUCUGUGACAUCACCACGACAGGAAGAAAUUUCAGCUCUGAUAGAAAAUAUGAUGAAAAUACUCUGCAUAGAAACUGAAACGCUGAAUAUAUCCAAGUAACGAUUACUCCUCUGUAGGACCAAAUACUGCUGCAAAGAAUCGCUCCCGAUGCUCCGACGCUCCGUCAAGUUUCCGUUUGCAGGAGGAUAGUUGUUGUUUUUAGACAGCAGCGUGCUCUCUGCCUGCAGAAGAUCAUUUUCACCCACCGCUCCUGCAGCAGAUCGUACGACCGCACCCGACCCCGGAGGAAGUGCACUCGGCCUCGUUUCAGUGUGGAUUCAGGACUGUCAGAACCUCCUGACUGAGCCUAGAUCGUUUGAAAUCAGCUCCUGCUCAUGAAGACUGAAAGAUGAUGUAAAAUACUUGUUUGUAACAUGAAUGCAUUCCUCUUAUUUAGACUGCGAGUGAUGCAGAGGGCGGCUGUGGUGCCUGAUGAUGUUUUUAGCUUUUUAUCACAGAACAGCAUCAUGCUGUGGAGAAAUAUUCAUGUAUUCAUUCAGGGAUGUAGCCCUUAAAGAGAAGCUUCUUUACCACAGGAGUGCUGUAGUUAGGAUGAGGAUAACAUUCGCUGUAAAUGAUGGGAGGUAAAUAAGAACUUCAGGGCUUAAAACUGAAACUAAUGUGGAAGUGCCAAAACCUGCAGCUCCUCUAAACACUGUUCAGGCAGCUGGGUGAAAAUUCAGAAAAGAAAAGCAACCAAAAUAAAGUCUGAAAACCUGAAAGGACAUUAAAAAGCAAUGAAAUCUGCAGCAUACAGCAGUUAAUGAAUAUAAUUCAAUUCGAAAGUAAAAAAGUACCUUUACGUCUUUAUAGUCCGACUACCUCUUUGAUGAUAAAAGUAGGAUAACCAGAAGCAUCAGCUAAUAAAACAGAUGUGGCUUUUGUCUGUGUCGUUUACGACAUCCUGGGGUUUGUAACACUUGCUGGAAUCCAACAGUCCACAUUCUACUGAAAGGCACUUUACUGUCAUGUGACAAAAGUCCACCAAGUAGCGUGGACUGUUCAGUACACGCAUUCAAAACUACUGAAGGCUUGUUUAUAAAGUCUGAAUAUAAUUCAUCAUUUUGACACAGUCAUUCUUGAUUUAUUGAGGUCUUUAAAAGCUCUGAUGGCAGAUGUCCACUCCAAAGGUCAGACUUCCAUCUUCCAACUUGGAAUUAUAAGUUGGAUGUAGGUACCGUGACAUCAGCUUUUGGUCCCUGCGAAAUCGAGGGAACUAAACACUCCUGCUUUUUAACUCUCAUAAAAAUUGAUAUCAUACUGUGUUCAUUAAGACUAGAAACUAUCAGGUGAAAUAAUAAAUUAAUCAUAAAAGUGAUAACAAAUAGGAUCUAUUUCCUCAGAGUUCUUUCAGACUUCAGGCUUCUUAUUCCAGCCCUCGCUGCCCCCUGCUGGUCAUUAGAAGGAGCUGCGUCCACAUUGGGUUCACUUUUCAGACUCUGAACUUAUGUUCAUCUUCUGUAUCCAGUCUUUAUUUCUGCUGAUUAGGCUCCACCUUCUUGUCUAAAUAUGGUCAUCCUGGCACUGAACGCCAAUGCUAAGGGAGGGAUGUGAAUCAUGCUCGGCGACCACGGCAGCGCUCCUCUGCUUCACUGCGUUCUCUCUCUGUCUCAUUUUGUACAUUUCCCUCUCCUCCAUCACAUUGAGACUGAUUUGCACUGCUUCGUAAAGCGUAUCUCUCCCUCUGUGAAUGUUCCCCUGCAGCCAGCUGGUGGCGCUGUUUUAUAUUACUUUGUUCCUACAAGCCCAGUGAAUGUGUCUGAGGUGACGUUGGACUUUGGCUUCAUGUUUUCUUACUGACGAGUUUGUUUGAGUGAUGACACACUGUGAGUUUUGUCUUGAAAGCACAUUUUAACCCCAGUUUAACUUUAACCUUGAAUCUGCUCAACAGCUUGCUUACUAGUGCAGAGAGUAAUAAACUUUGUGCAAGUUUCACUUUGAAUCAUAGAGAGGUGAAGAAGACGCCACAGAAAACACGCCACCUGAAGCCUGAUCUCCAUCGACGCCCUCAGAUUCAAACUGUGACCUGCUGACGGACGGACAGACAGACUGAGUGUACAUUUGUACAGAUGUGAAGAUGUUUGCUGGUUUCCUUCCUGUCUGAUGUUCUCAGAGCUUUAGUGUGUUUGAGCGCCCCCUGCUGUAGACCUGGAUGCUAACCUCUGUGUUGGGUUUGUUAACACUCAUUGGACGUACAAAUAAAAACAAGUUAUCCAUGA